AUGGGCAACAUAGGACCUAGCUCCAGUCCUUUGAUGAAGCUGCACUUGGGCUCGGUUUACUUUAUUCUUAGCACAUUUUUCCUGCACCACAUGCAAUACAGAGUUGUCAUUCACAUGCACAGUUUGCAUUGCACAUUUGUGUGGCUUCAGUCAAGGUUGGAUGUGGAUGUUAAGAAUGAGGCACCAAGUAAAGCUGCAUGCACUGAUAUCAUUAAGAGGGGAGUAAGGCAGACGAGGUAUCACCUAAAAAAGAAGUACUUGGAUGAGUCACUAAUAGAAGAACAGCUGCUGGCCAAGCAACCUCCACCUAAAAUGAAGAAAGAGGAAUGGACCAAGCUGGUACAGUACUGGUGUGACCCAAAGAAUCAGGAAAAAUGUGCUAAGAAUAAAGUAAACCGAGCCCAAGUGCAGCUUCAUCAAAGGACUGGAGCUAGGUCCUAUAUUGCCCAUCGAUACAGCCUGACUGGCCGGUCCACAUCGACAGCCGCACAAGCACGCCUGCAAGCUCAGUUUGAGGAAACACUCCAAGCAGAAAGAGAGGAAGCUGCUAGGAAGCAGGAAGAGUUGCAAGCACAGCUUCAAGCUCAACAGGCCGCACUUGAAGAAAACCAAAGUUUGCUGCGUCAGACCCAAGAGGAAGUGAAGGGGAUGCAUACCAAGUUUGAAGAGACUAAUGCACUGCUACGAGCUGUCCUGAAACUUCAGAAAGAUUGA